AUGGCUACCGUGAACCGUCCCACAGAUACCGCUGUCAAGGAGAAGGACAUUAAUCAGAAGCUGCAGCUCUAUGGAAUCUACCAAGCCUUCGCCAAUGGAAAGGUCCCGUCAAACCAGCAGAUUGACAUCGCCCUGAACAGCAUUUUAGAAUCCAAAGCAUUGGCAUCACCCUCGAAACGACUAUCAUCUGAAGGUCAAAGCCUCGUCGCCGACGUUAAGGAGGUUGUAGAGCAAGCGAAAUACCUACUUCUCAGCAAAAACGAAGGAGACUUGCUGCAAGACUUCAUCUGGGACACCCAACAUCUUGAUGGCUCGAACGCCAAGUUGCCUGGUGCUCCUACAGACAAAGCCACUGCCCAGCAACACGGCAACCAAGCGCUUGACGGCCUGAAAACGCUUGGGCGAUUGAUUAUCUCGAAUGGGCAGUUCCGCAAACUUCUUUCUGAUGCUUCAAUCCUUGCUCGUGAUAUUGCUGGCGAUGCUGCUCAAAAGGCAGCUAAUCAAGUCAACCCCUCGGAUGAGCAAAUGAGUCAGAUUGACCGUCCAGCUGAAGACAACACCUGGCAUGAUGUUCCAGAUCUAUCUAAAGAGAACAUCAGAACACAAGCCCGCUCAGCGUUCGAUAAGAAUGCCCCCGUCAACAAGGAGGAGGCACAGAACGCUGGUCAGCACGGCCUGGACACUGCUCAGGCACAUCCUGCGCAGCAUAAUCGAGAAGCUGGGCGCGCUGGCUUGGGCCAAGCUAUCGGAGAUCUCAAGGCCCAGGCGCAGGCCAACAUCCCCGAAGAAGAUCAGGAAAAUGCUAAAAAGGCGAAGAACGCUACAGUUCAGAAGUCUAGGAACUAUCUCAGCAAGAAAAUGCCCGAGGAUCGUCGCGAGCAGACGAUCUGGCGCCUGAAGAAGAUGGUGGUGGAAAUCCAAGGACAUUCUGAUUAUCAACAAGCAAUUGAUACACUCCUCUCACUCGCCGAGACUUAUGGUGGCCAUGCUACUGACGUUACGACCCAGUCCAAAGGGACUGUCAAAGGUGCCCAUACUGAUGAUAGUCUGAAAUCUGCUGAAGCUAAUCUCAAGAUUCUUAUCGAACGCUUCGCCAACUCAACCAGCACAGAUGAUUUUUUCGACGCUUUGAAUCAGAUCUACCGAGACGCCGACCGCGACCCUGAGCUCAAGAAUUGGUUCAAAUCUGCUAACCGACUCCUUCGCAAGACACUGCAGGAGCAGGGUUAUAUUCUCCAAGACACGGCCACUGACGAGUGGAACCGUCUUGUUGACCAAGGCCGCUUCCUCUUCCGAGAUCGCUACAGAGAUCAUACCGACCGUAUCUUGGACGAGCUUAAAUUCCUUGCCGACCAGUUUGACCAAGAUCCACAGAACAAGGCUUUCGGGGAUGCUGUUCAGAAGCUUUUCCUCGAUCUCGGUAAUGAUGACAAUGGCAAACCAACCUUUAAGCCACACUUGGUCAAGGAUUUAACAGAAGUUAUCCUGCCCGCAAUUUUCGAAAACACUCGUUACGUCCCAAUCCCACGUAUUGAGGUGUCAGAUCCUAUGGUCGAUGUUGUUGUGGAAAAUCUGGUGGUCGAGAGCGACAACCUCUUCCCUAACGUCUUCGAAUUCGGUAGCGACAAUUAUUGGCGAGUUGGCCGCAAGAAGUUUUCGAACAAGAAAGAAAACAAAAUAAUGAUCUCUGGCUCGGGAUGUCAAAUGGAUCUGAAGGAUGUCGCAUAUUACGUCAAAAGGAAGCAAGGAUUCCCUUCCAUCACCGAUAAAGGCGUCAUGGACAUCUUCCUUGGUGGCGAAGGCUUCAGCUUUAAGAUUGCUGCACGCAAUGCCCAAAAAUCUGAUCGCACCCAUUUCGUCGUCGUCGAUAAUGUUGACGUCAGCAUUAAGAACUUGAGUGUCAAGGUCAAACAAUCUAACCAUAAGCUACUCUUUGCCAUCGCCAAACCGCUAUUGUUGAAGACGAUGAAGCCAGCUAUUCAGAAAGUUCUUGAGAAACAAAUCAAAGACAGUUUCCAAAAGGCGGAUGCCUUUGCGUGGAGUGUACAUCAAGAUGUCCAACGUAGUAUUGAAGCUGCAAAGAACGACCCUGAGAACGCACCCAACAUCUACCAGUCCUACGUCAAUUCUCUCCAGAAACAGAUGACAGAGAAGAAGAAGAAGGCUGAAGCAGUCGCCUCGAAGACCAAUGUCAAUGUUGCUGUUACCCAGGAAGAUUCCAUCUUCAAGAACAUCUCAUUGCCUGGUGGCAUCUCCUCCAAAGCCACCGAGUACAAAAAGCUUGCUGCAAAAGGAGAUCGAUGGGAAUCACCGGUCUUCAGUAUUGGCAGUGCCAAGGCAUCCACCAACAUCCCCAAACUUGCGCAAGUCAAACGCAAAGCACACGCCACUACCACCGCAGGUAUCCGCGGAGGUAAUCACCCUAAUGCUCACAGUGACGUCUCCCGGGAUGGAGUUGGUGGUACUGGUACAGCUUCUUCCGCUGCUGGCUACGGUACUGUUGUCGGCCAACCAGGCUCUGUCGCUGUUGGGAGGGAUCCUAACCUAUCGGGAACUGGUGCUGCCCAUGGUUCUGGCUUUUUUGGUGGAAACCAAGUCGGUGUACCAACAGCGGCUGCGGGUGGGGGAUUCAGUACUCAGGUCGAGCAAGCCUUUGACCCCAACAAGAACAUUGCUGGCCCAGGUGUUGGUGGUGUGGGCAAUGGAAGUGCAGCCGGUACCUACCAUGACAAUGUUACCCGUCAGUAG